AUGUUAAGUCUAAUUGGAAAACUUUUAUAUUAUGGAAAAAAGUUUAAACAAACUUAUAAUUAAUUGUUUAGUAAAAAGCUUUACAAAAUUUUAGCUAGGAAAAAUUACAACUUUAAUAGAAUCAAAAGAAUUUAUCAACAAUUAUAUAAAAAAUUCAAAGUUAAAGUCCAUAGCUUAAUAUAAAAAACCAUUAUAUGCUCAGCUUAGUAAGUGACUCAGCUACCAAUAGAUUUUAGGAUCAAAGUGUAGGCAUAGAAAAUCACAAAAGAUUUUAGUAAAUAGCUAAAAUAUAAACUAAUAUUGAGAAAAAUAGUGAAAUUUAAACAUUUUCUGAAAUAAAUCAAAAUUAAAUUGAAUCAAAGUAGAUUUCAAAUAUUGAAGAAUCUGGUAAUUUAUUUAAAGAUGAUUUAUAAAAAAUUCAAAGGUUUGAUUUGA